CUUCGCAUAAUAAAUCAAAAUUCAUUCACAAGUUUGUGAAGCUUUUUUUGUGAGAAAUAAAUUAGAAACUAAUAAGUUUUAGCAAGCAAUUUCUUCAUAUACAUGGACCCCUUCUGGUGUGCCCUAUCGAAGGAUGUCGGACGCAUCCCGGAAACGAUCAAACACAUCUUGGAGGUGACCGAGUACAUAAAUGCUGCUCUAGCGUUCGUCGGCAACGAGGAAAUAGCAGCCAUCGAAGACGACAUCCGACGGUUGCCGGAAAUCAUGAACAAACCAGCCAGUGAUCCCUCGAUGAGGAAAUAUUUUGGGAGAUUCACCCACAACCCAGAUCGGUUCCGGUUGAUGGCGGGCGAGAAGGCCGUUCUGAAGAUGAUUGCCAGCUGUAUUCAACGGAAAGGAAUUACGCACUAUCUUAAGACGGCGGAACGGCGCGAAAAAGAGGUGGUUGUUCCGGCCAAUAUAGACAAACAAGCCAACGAGGUGCGGAAAAAGAUUGUGGAUUUCUUCACUGACAGAUGCGACGGAAGUGUCGGUCAGGUAGAAUUUUGCAAUCGCAUUUCUACGCUUAAUAUUGAGGUAUCGGAAGCGGACGAUAGUGGAAUGAUUGCCAGGGUAAGAUGCAUAUUUUGCACCAACGAGAAUGACAUCACCUGCCGGCCGGAGCGAUCAGGUGGCACUUGGAAGGUUUCCAACUUCUUAGCUCACAUCCGAAACGUGCACAAGACGCUCAAUGUGCCGAGUUCGAUGGGACGUGGCGUCGGUACAGCGGGAUCAAGCAAAUCGCCCCCAACCGAACUGUCCGCCGGAGAGUCAGGUUCCAAUGGGUACGGUUCCUACGAGUACUGGUCCAACUCGAACGAUGUGAGCUCUAGUUAUGAGCAGAAGGCGGUCCAGCCCGUUGGACCAACGAUGGAGGAAUUUGGCUUUGUCGUCAAGGAGGAAAGAUAUUUACCCGAAUAGUAGUCAUACUGUAAUCAGUAUGGAUAAUUAUUUUAA